UCAGUGAGGACAACAACACGGCUCGGCUCGAAAGAAAAGUCUUUUUAAUUAAAACAGCAUAAAUCAGCGCAGUCCGCUCACAUUGGCUGAAUAUUCCCACCGGAGCAGCGUAAACAAACCGGGAGGAGGCAGCAGCGGAAGCGGCAGGCGGAUGUGAAGCGGUCCAGCCAAAUAAAUAAGAUAUGAACCCGUCUUUCCACAGCCUGGCUGCAUCACGGAGGAAUCCACGACGCGGUGGAUCGACGGGCAUGCUUUUAAAAGAGGGACACGUUUAAGAGAAUCGCCAUUUUCCGAAGGAGGUGUCGCGGGGAGCCGAGGCUGGAUCAGCGGGACGCAGCGGCGCCGCACACGGGCCGUGGAGGGGCCGGAGUCCCGCUAGGAAGCCGAUGAAGGGUCGGUGAUGGCCGGGCCGUGUGGAGCUCCGUCGUCCAUGAUUGAGCGCCUCGAUCGGGGGUAUUUUUGACUCGCAGGUUGGGUUUGAAACAACGAAUACAUCGCUGUAGGGAAGGUCUCCAACCUUCCUCCACCCCUGUCCUCCCUGUGGAUAGUAGGACCACCCCGUCAUCACCCCCUCCGCCCCAGGACAGAGGACGGAAGGAUACCUGGAAACACCUUUCAUCCCUCUUUCCUCGACUCCCCCCGCCCGCACCCCACCUCUGCCUCAUCCCUUCAUUUUUCUCAUCAUGGAUACCUGUGUGAUUUGCAGAGUCCUCUAGUGCCCACAAGCAAGGCAUUGCUCUGCCAUUGACACUUGUGGAAUACGACAAAAUGGACAGGUGUGGCAGGGUGCUUAGAGCGAUACAUGGAAAGCACAGACAUUUGCAGUGGGAACAGGAUAUGAAAGAGUGAUCAGAGUCAGAGGAAGCCUCAGCUUCUGUCGUUACAUCCUGACUGGUGAGGAGUGAAGCGUUGGGACAUUGAAGUGCCUUCCCCCGAAUGAACGCCACUGCGGCUGAAGAGAUGUGCGGCGAGGAGGCCAAACUCCAGACGGUUCUAUCAGCUGUUUUUUAAAAGAAGAGCUGUUUCGGACACUUCACUGCUCUCGCCAUCACACCCCACUCUCAGAGCUGUAUCUCCAUCCCUCUAUCAUUUCUCCUUUUUCCAUCACUUUUACCUCCCCAACCCUUUAGUGCUUCUUCCUUUUGGUCUAGUGAUGUCACGCCUGACCUAAAGAGGCCUGACUCCUCCCUCUCCCCCUCCCCUCUCCCCUCUUCUUUCUUUUCUUCCCUCUGCGUGUCUACCAAUCCUACACCAUUCGACCCUCUCUUGCAACAGCUGUCCUCCCCCCUCGCCCCCGCCCCCAUUCAUCCUCCCCGUCACCCUCCACCUUCUCUGCCCCGUCUUCUCCCCACCACUACCACCAUCAUCAUCAUCAUCAUCAUCAUCAUCACCACCCUCAGACUCACUCCCACCAUCGCCACCAGCUCUUCUCCUCUCCUCCCUUCUCCACCAACUCCAUCUCAGCGGGAACCAUGGCAAUGGCUGCCGCCACCGCCACCUCCACCUCGUCGUCCUCCCCUUCGGCAUCAUCGUCGGGGAACAGCAGCGCCAGGGAACACCUGCUGGCGGUGCGCAGGCGCACGCCGCACAUGCGGCCGUACACAAUCGGACCCGACAACCUCUGCAGCUUGUCGGGAGCAGUCGGGGGCUCCAGCUCUGGGUCCUCUUCCUCCUCCAUGUCGUCAGGGAACCAGCAGGAAACAGCGAGUGUGGGGCUCCAGCGGGCCAACAGUGACACAGACCUGGUCACCUCGGACAGCCGCUCAUCACUCACGGCGUCUACGUACCAGUUGACUCUUGGUCAUAGCCACCUGAUCAUUUCCUGGGACAUCAAGGAGGAGGUCGAUGCCACUGACUGGAUCGGCCUGUACCACAUCGAUGAGACGAGCGUGGCCAACGUCUGGGACUCCAAGAAUCGUGGCGUGAACGGCACCCAGAGAGGACAGAUCGUGUGGAGGCUGGAGUCGGGACCUUACUUCAUGGAGCCGGAAACGAAGAUCUGCUUUAAAUACUAUCACGGCGUAAGUGGAGCACUAAGAGCGUCGACACCUUGUAUUACCGUCAAGAACCCUGGAGUGCUGGUGGACAGUGAGGGCCAUGUGGCAGACCAAUCACGCACUGAGCCCUGUCGGAAACUUGUCAGCUUCACCCUAUCAGACAUCCGGGCGCUGGGCCUGAAGAAGGGCAUGUUCUUCAACCCAGACCCCUACCUGAAGAUGUCCAUCCGGCCUGGGAAGAGGAGCGGCCUCCCCAGGUUCACCCACCACGGCCAGGAGAGGCGAUCCUCCAUCAUAUCUAAUACCACCAACCCUGUGUGGCACGGGGAGAAGUACACCUUUGUGGCUCUGAUGACGGACGUGCUGGAGAUCGAAGUAAAAGACAAGUUCUCCAAGAGCCGACCAAUCAUCAAGCGGUUCCUUGGUCAGCUGAUCAUCCCCGUGCAGAGACUUCUGGAGGGGCCGACGGCUGACGAUCUCCCGGUCAGCUACAGCCUGUGUCGUCGUCUCCCGACGGACCAUGUGAGUGGGCAGCUUCAGUUCAGAGUGGACAUCACCUCCAACGGACAUGAGGAGGCCUCCCCAGACACUGGGGCCAUCUUGGGCGGCACCACAAACGGUGACCCCGGCACUCCCUCAGACGACGAAGACCUCCCUCAGCCCUCCUCGUCUUCACGCGGCACAUAUAGACCUUCUCCCACGGGCUCUGACGAGGGCUCCGUGCUAGUCAAUGGUAAUUCUUACUACGGUGAGGAUAGUGUGUGGAGGGAGCCCGGGCAUGUGGGAGAGGAGGAUCUGCUCCAUGUGGCUCAGGGUGGCCACACGCACCGGCAGGUGUCACUCAAUGAUUACCUGGAUGCCAUUGAGUCUCCCAGGAGCCCUUUGGACCAACCUCUGGCCGGGCCUUCACCGAAACUACGCUCCAGCUUUCCAACGGACACGCGGCUCAAUGCGAUGCUGCACAUUGACUCGGAUGAGGACGAAGAGACAGCGGGGCAGCAAAGGGACCAAUCACAGGCAGCAAUGACACAGCAAAGCCCAAACUUGGCCUUAUCAAGUAGAUCAGCUAGAUCUGAGUCUGAACAGAGGAACGGGGGGGGAUCAAAGACUGGAGCAGAGAGUGCCUCUGGAGCCACCGCAGAUGCGGGUUCAUCCUCUGGUGCUCAGCCUGUAUCUGAGUCUGCAUCGGUCGAAACUGGAGCUGCAGCUGAAGAAGGUGCAGCUGGAGGUCAGACACCUGCAGGAGCAGCAGCAGCAGCAGCCGAGACUACACCUGGAAGAGAAGAGGCUGCUGGUGCAACAGCUGAGGGGCAGCAUGAGACCUCCACAGCCUCCUGCUCGUCUCAGGCCUCAGGGGCUGAAGCGGCAGCAUUGUGUGAGCCGGGGGAGUCAGUGAGGGAAUGUACCUGUCAGGAGCAGAGCAACAGGGUCGCUGCGAGCCAGGAAGUUCCCUACAGCUCCGGACUUGGCCCUCUUUCACCAAUUCAGGAGGUGGACACGAGAAAAGAAGUGGCUCCGAAGGCCGAGGAGGAGGGGGCAGAGUCAUCGAGCAGCGAGGCCAACGGGCCGGUGGCAGCAGCUGCUCCUUCCAGCGGUGACGCAGCUGAGCAAGGAGGAGCGACGUCUGAAGGGGCUCAAGCCAGUGGCGGGGAAAGGCAGGAGGAGCAGGAGGAGGAGGGAGGGGAGGUGUGGAGGAGGAGGCGCUCCACGCAGACCUCCGGGAGCGGGGCCCAGAACCAGGAUGUGAGCAUUGCCAGUGAGGGUCAGAGUGGGACGAUAGGGGAGAGAGAGACAGGUGCCACAGCUCAGGUCAAUGGCCACCAGUCUGUUCGCUCCCUGCCAUCCAUCCGCCAUGACAUUAAUCGAUACCAGAGAGUGGACGAGCCGCUGCCACCCAACUGGGAGGCUCGCAUCGACAGCCACGGCCGCAUCUUCUACGUGGACCACGUGAACAGGACCACGACUUGGCAGCGCCCCACUGCUCCCCCCGCCCCGCAGACCCUCCAGAGGUCCAGCUCCAUACAGCAGAUGGAGCAGCUGAACCGCAGGUAUCAGAGUAUACGAAGGACGAUAACCAAUGACAGCAGACCGGAGGAGCCGCCAGCCAAUGAGCUGCUGGUGGAUGAGACUGACACGCACCCCUCAAUGCCAGAGCUGCGUAGGGACAGCAGCGUGGCUCAGUCGUCCAGUUCCCGGUCUCGCCUCACCCUGCUGCUUCAGUCUCCCAGCGCCAAGUUCCUCGCCAGCCCCGACUUCUUCACUGUGCUGCAUUCCAACCCUAGUGCCUACCGUAUGUUCGCCACCAACACGUGUCUGAAGCAUAUGAUCAGCAAGGUUCGUCGGGAUGCUCACCACUUUGAGCGCUAUCAGCACAACCGGGACCUGGUGGCCUUCCUCAACCUGUUCACCAACAAACAGCUGGAGCUGCCCAGAGGCUGGGAGAUGAAGCACGACCACACCGGCAAGCCUUUCUUCGUGGACCAUAACUGCCGAGCCACCACCUUCAUCGACCCCCGGCUGCCUCUCCAGAGCACUCGGCCCCCGAGCAUCCUGACUCACCGCCAACACUUGACCCGCCAACGCAGCCACAGCGCCGGGGAGGUCAGCCCAAGACGACUGGUGGGUGAAGACACUCGUCAUGCCGGGCCUCCCGUCGCGCCGCGGCCUUCCAGCACCUUCACCUCUGCCAACAGGGGUCAGUGCCAAGACAUUGUGCCAGUGGCUUACAACGACAAGAUUGUGGCAUUUCUUCGACAACCAAACAUCUUUGAGAUUCUGCAGGAGCGGCAGGCCGACAUCACCCGGAACCAUCCACUCAGGGAGAAGGUGCAGCUGAUACGAACAGAUGGAGUGUCAGGAUUGGCCCGGCUGUCAGGGGAUGCAGACCUUGUCAUGCUGCUAAGCCUGUUUGAAGAUGAAGUCAUGUCUUACGUGCCUCCUCACGCCUUACUUCACCCCAGCUUCUGUCAGUCACCUCGGGGAUCCCCUGUCGCCUCUCCACAGAACUCACCUGGAACUCAGAGAGCGAACGCCAGAGCUCCAGCUCCCUACAAGAGAGACUUUGAGGCCAAACUGCGCAACUUCUACAGAAAGCUUGAAACUAAGGGUUACGGCCAAGGACCAGGCAAACUGAAGUUGAUCAUCCGUCGUGACCAUCUGCUGGAAGACGCCUUCAACCAGAUCAUGUGCUAUUCUCGCAAAGACCUGCAGCGCAGCAAGCUCUACGUCAGCUUCGUUGGGGAGGAGGGAUUGGACUACAGCGGGCCUUCCAGAGAGUUCUUCUUCUUGGUAUCCAGGGAGCUUUUCAACCCUUAUUAUGGUCUGUUUGAAUACUCUGCCAACGACACGUACACUGUUCAGAUCAGCCCCAUGUCCGCCUUCGUAGACAAUCACCAUGAAUGGUUUCGGUUCAGUGGUCGUAUUCUGGGUCUGGCUCUGAUCCAUCAGUACCUGCUGGAUGCCUUCUUCACCAGACCUUUCUAUAAAGGCCUGCUGCGCAUUCCAUGUGACCUGAGUGACCUGGAGUACCUGGAUGAGGAGUUUCAUCAGUCUCUUCAGUGGACGAAGGACAACGACAUAGAGGACAUCCUGGAACUCACCUUCACCGUCAAUGAAGAGGUCUUUGGACAGAUAACAGAGAGAGAGCUGAAGCCCGGAGGAGCCAACAUCCCUGUGUCGGAGAAGAACAAGAAGGAAUACAUCGAGCGGAUGGUGAAGUGGAGGAUAGAGAGAGGGGUGGUGCAGCAGACUGAGAGUCUUGUCAGAGGUUUCUAUGAGGUGGUGGAUGCCAGGUUGGUGUCGGUGUUUGAUGCCAGGGAGCUGGAGCUGGUGAUCGCCGGCACAGCUGAGAUCGAUUUAUCCGACUGGAGGAACAACACGGAGUACAGAGGAGGUUACCACGAUAACCACAUUGUGAUCCGGUGGUUCUGGGCGGCGGUGGAGAGAUUCAACAAUGAACAGAGACUGCGGCUUCUGCAGUUUGUCACCGGGACGUCCAGUAUUCCAUACGAAGGCUUUGCGUCCCUGCGAGGAAGCAACGGCCCCCGCAGGUUCUGUGUGGAGAAGUGGGGGAAGGUCACCUCGCUGCCCAGAGCUCAUACCUGUUUCAACCGGCUGGACCUGCCACCGUACCCGUCCUUCUCCAUGCUGUUUGAGAAGAUGCUGACUGCCGUGGAGGAGACGAGCACCUUCGGGCUGGAAUGAGACCCUCGACUUCUCACCUGCCCAACUCUCAGCUUCCCUCAAGACACCUGAUGGUUGUGGAAUGAAGAAACCACAUAGAACAGCUGCUGGAACAAAGAGGCGAUAUUAUCUGGGUUUAGAAUCCAGUUAAUGGUUUAAGUUUAAUUUAAAGCGGUGAUAUUUUAUAAGAGAAGACUUUUGAUCCAUAAAGUGACACUGACCUGUGUCAUGUUAUCAUGUUCUUAUUGCACCUGCACGUAUUUCGCAUCUGCUUAGAAACACACACGUUGGGACGAGUUCAAAGACCCACUCUGCCUUCCGGGACGGGGAUCAGAACUGCCAGGAUUUGACAAAAAUCUUAGACAAGGAUGUCUUCUGUUUUCACUUCCUCUUUGAUACCGUGCUAAUGUACAAAUCACCUGAAGCAACCACUGCCUUCACUGCAGAAUCUGAGUGGAUUCAGCCUCUUUUAUUCUACUUCUCUCAGACCUUGAAGGAUUGCGCGGCCUGUCCAGAACGAUCAGUGACGGACUCGUUGUAGUGUGGCGUCCUCGUGUGGCACAUUGAAGGAACUACACUCCUGCGGACGGUGCUUUUUCUUUUUCCUCUUUCUUUUUGAGAACCUUUGAGAAAAAGGCAGUUGCCCCCCUUGACGUAACUUUUGCUACCGUUGGUGGGAUUUUUCCAGUGAACUUUACCCACAGCUGAUUUUGGAGCCCAAACAGAAGCUUUGUUAUCGUUGUUACAGUAUUUUCAUCUUAAAGAAGAAGUGAUUUUCUAAUGACGAGUGGCAGUGACAUGUUGUGAUUUGAAUGUAAUUAACUUUAAGAUGUAGAUUGUGUGGGGAGGGAUUUUUAUUUUGAACAGAUCUGGAUCAACUGGAGGACAGAACAAUAUCAAGCCAGCACUUAUUGAGUUAAUAAGUUAAUAAGCUAAUGAUUAGAUUUAGUAACAUUGAACAAGUUAAUUUACUUUGAUUUGAAACGAGCUUUGAUCCAGGUCUGUUUCGUACAGUGUGUUGAAACUAACCCCAAUUUCAUGAUUUAUAGAUUGAAAGAAAUUUGUAUGGUCAAAUGUACAAAGCAAAUUAAAUCAUUCAUAUGGGUGGGGGGGUCUCUAUAUAGUACCCUAAAGUGCAUUAUAGUGCAUUCUAAAGAUGCUCAAAUCAAAGUUGUGCAUUUACGGAAGUAGCAUGGCCGAAAGUGAAGGGGUGAAUGCAUUAGUUCAGCUGCAGCAAGGACGAUAAUGCUUGGCUGACUUUAUGAUAAUGGACUCAUCUUGUCCAUAUCAGUGCUUAGGGACACAGUGCUGAGUGGAAAUUUAUUAUUUAACAAUAACACCUGGAAGAGACUCAAAGAAUUGGAGAGCCAGCCCCCGCUGACCUCUGGAUCCAACCACACACACACCGAUCAGAAGCUCUUCUAUAACUGCUGGUGCCAGCUCAUGUGAUUAAAUAAGUCAGAUUUGUUACAUUCUCAAAAAAAAGACUUGACAGCCGCUAAUGUAUUAACUGGUAUCAAAACAUUUUGUUUGUAUAUUUGCUGUUGCUCAUUAGAAGAAUUCAUUCUCUUGUCAUUUUUUCAUUAUUAUUCUUAUUAGCUUGUUAUUCACAUUUUGCACACUAUGAUUAGAUUCUCCACGAAAGCGCCAAGUCCCUGUGUUUCCUUUUCUCUCUCUCUCUCUCUCCUCGUGAUGGUGACCACUUGCAUGUUUGUUCCACUGACUCUCAUCACACGUUCUGUAAAACCUCAUUUUGUUAUUAUUUCGAUGGUGAAUGAAAUUAAUAGUGAAGUUUAAAUGUUCAUACAACCAGGUUGUUAAAUGGAGGUCAGGUGAAGAGAUGGGAGCAGACACACAGUAAAAAAGAAAUGCUGUCAUUUUGUAUAAAAAUCAUUUGAAGGAGCUUUGCAGUAAAUCUCUUUUCUCUUUUCUACUUUGAGAUACUCGUCACUGCCCUCUUCUGUCACAUUCCUCCCUGCACUAUGAAUGUAAGCACGCCUGGAACUGCCUCUCCGCACCGCAACUGUACAACCACGCUCAGGCCUGCAACAGUGAGAAGUCCACUGCUGAGGUGCUGAGCCAGAACGGACCCUUCUCAACGCCUCAUGUCAUACACAAGGCAACAUCCGACUCUAUGGAAGCCCAUUUCUGAGAAAAGAAACGAAUCUCAUGCUUUUGAUUUAAUACAUCAAAUGAUC